CUCUCUCUCUCUCUCCAAUAAAUACAAAAAACGCGCCUCCGUCCGUCCGUCUGUCUAUCACCCACCACAUUUCCAUAAACCGGGGGGCUUCCAAUUCCAACCUGGUUUUCGCUCAUACCUUUACCAUCCUCAUCUCUCCCUCCGCCCUACUACUCUCUCUGCAACUUCUGUUUCGGCUUCGACUUCUACGACAAAAAAGACAACAUGACUACCUCAAGGCGCCUUGCAGACAGGAAAGUUGCCAAGUUUCAGAAAAACAUCACAAAGAGGGGAGCUGUUCCUGAAACCUCAGUAAAAAAAGGAUAUGACUACCCGGUUGGACCAAUUGUACUUGGUUUCUUUGUCUUUGUGGUCAUUGGAUCAUCUCUGUUUCAGAUAAUUAGGACAGCCACAAGUGGUGGGAUGGCAUGAGAAGAUGGAGAGAGAGAGAGAGAGAGAGUUUGGCUGGACUGGACAUGGGUAUUGUGCUGUGUGAAUGGCUAACCUAGAAAAUGGCCGUGUUAAAGAAAGAGAAGUGUGUACUGUGUACUAGAACAGCAGUUUUGUUAUUAAAUAAAAAUAAAAUGCUAUCGUCCCCCACUGGAUACUGUCGUUUCCUUGCUUGGUAAAAAUUCUUUUUGCUGAGUUUUAACUA